AUGCCGGCCGUCGACGAGUCUCCUUCCGAGCGGAAGCAUACGAGCAGCUCUUACAGAGAUGAACUGGCGCAUUAUAAAGCCCAGUAUGAAUCACUCGAAGCAGAGCUUGCGGACUUCCAGUCCUCCAGCCGGGAGCUGGAGGCCGAGCUGGAGAAGGACAUUGAGGCCUCGGAAAAACGCGAGCGGCAACUGAAGGAAAAGCUGGACACGAUGCGCUACGAGGUUGAUGAAUGGAAGACCAAAUACAAGCAGUCUAAGACUGAGGGAAAUACCGCGCAAAAUACCCUGCAGAAGGAGAUCACCACCCUGCGAGACGCGAAUCGUACCCUUCAGUUGAAACUGCGAGAUAUCGAAGUUGCCAACGAUGACUACGAGAGACAAGCACGGAACACUACCUCGUCCCUGGAGGACAUGGAGUCCAAAUACAACAUUGGCAUUGAGCGCGGAGUUCUGCUGGAAGAGGAAAUGAGAAGUGGAGAGCAAGAGCGGGAACAGCUUCGAAUCGAUAAUCAACGUUUGAGAGAUGAGCUGUCCGACCUGAAGAUCGAAGCCGAGAUUGUGCAAGAGAAGCUUCGUAACGCUGAAGGACAUGGUAACUUCCGUCGUCGCAAGCCCACACCCUUGUAUCACCGCAGCCCGUCAACUCCACAAAACCUGGAGAUUUUCGACCGCUCACCUCGCACUGCUACCUCUUCCCCCGUCUUUGCCACGCCUCCGGCUAAACCAUCUCUCGCCUCGGCGACAGCGACCCCGCCCUCGCCACCAAUCUCUGAAUCGUCGGUGAACUUCCGCAAGUCAAUCAACACGAACGGUGCGCCCAGUUUCCCUCGACAGAGGGCUGCUGGUACAGAGCCUGUCAACUCUCGAACUCUUCACGCCCGGUCACAGACACGAACUAGCAAUCAGCCACGCGCCGCCACCACUCACUCUCGAGCUCCUUCCCUCGCCUAUAGCAACAGUGGCUACAGCAAUGGCAAUGGUCGUUCCACUCCCUCCAUGUCGAUAUCGUCUCGCAACAGCAUGACGAGGCCUAACCCUUCACGGGCCCCGGCGGGGCUCCCAAAGUCUGGGUCCUUGUACCAGAUCCGAGGGCUGAUUGGCAAAAUGCAAAAGCUCGAAGAGCGCGUGCAAUCGGCCAAAUCCCGUCUACCCGCACCAUCGGACACGUCUUCUCUUGGCUCGCCUCGCUCCGGGUCUGUGACCGGCGACAGUCCAGUGGCCUCGUCAAUCACCGUCCGCAGGAAUUCUCGCAAACGACUGAGCAACAGCAGUCUUGGAUCCUCAGCCCGAGACAGUGAAAGUACUCCCUCUUACCCACCACAAGGUCGUCAGUCAUUUGGACGCACCGGCGAGAGUCGCCCGAGCAGCCGAACCAGCUACUCCAGCCGCAGCUCUUUUAGCCAAAGCGUCCACUCCGGUGUCCCCGUCAAUGGCAGGCCCGAAAGUCGAUCCAGUCGGCCCGGUGCCAAGACCCCGCUCGGCCACUACUCGACCAACCCCAUGACCGAAAGCCGUCGGCCGCGGUCGUCUCUCAGCAACCACGGCGGUCAGCUCCCAAAUAUUGCUGGAAUGUGCCUUAUCGACGAGGACCACGACCAAGAAGUCUCCACCCCCACCACCACCCGAGCCUCCGAAGAGGUUCGACGACCCUCUGUGACGGCGACCCCCACCCCCGGAAUCAAGAAGCGCACCACCAGCGGCAUUCCGGCACCCCGUAGCUUCAAGACCAGCAUCGGACCCGGUACCAUGCCACCUCCCUAUCGGAAGCCCCAGACCAACGAUCUGGGCGAGACGUUUUGA